AUGAAAUGGGGAGAUGUCAACAUGAAGUCUGAUCGAGUCUGGCCCAGCCGCCUCCUUGCCAAGCACGGGAAACACAGGGCAUGUUUCUCAACAGCAUUUUUUUGCGAGGUACCAGACCUUUUGCAAGCAGCAUGGGUUGAGGUGGGUUAUGGUAUGGCGGCAGGCAGGGUAGCAAAAGAGAGAUUCGCGAAGUGCUGGCUGAAUGAGCCUAAAAGCAUUGCAUCCAACCAGACAUUCAACAACAUCGAACCCCUGGUCGUUGUCGCUGGCAUUAUGUACCAGUUGACCAGUUUCCCCAACCCCAGCCGCCGGGGAAGCACGAAGGGUCCAGAUGUCCAGAUGUCCAGAUGUCCAGAUGCCCGGAUGUCCUUUUGA